ACGUGUCAGUCUUCCAAAAUAAUGCGUAUUAAUUUGGGUCAUUUUCUUUAUUUAUUCAUCGAAUCUUUGCUACAAUGAAAGUGGUAUUUAUAACAAAACAAGGCUGGUGGAUUAUCUUAGCUGUUUGUGUAUUCGUUCUUGGAAACUGCGUGCUUCUCUACCGUUUUAUCAACAAGACUUCGAUUGCCGAGCUCGAGAACGCUGCUAGACUGAAAGAAAUAUCAAAUAGCUAUCUUGCAAAGUUUAAGAACUCCGACUCCAAAUUAAAAGAUGUAGCUGAAGCUGUUCAGAAAUUGCAGAGUAAACCCACAAAAUCCGAUAAUCUUGAACUUGAAAUACGAGAAAACAGCAACGAUAACAUCAAUGGAGGCUUCCAUGUUGAAACACCUGCUGUUCAAGUUCAGUUGAAAGCAGAGCCGCAGAGAACUGCAACAUCGUGGAAGCCAAAAGUGGUUUUAGCAGCUACCAAAACAGCUGAGGAAUUUGUGGCUGCAGUGCUCGUUAUGGCGUGCAAUAGACCAACAGUGAAGCGUUGUCUAGAUCUUCUACUGAAUUAUCGCCCUUCUGCUAAAGAAUUCCCCAUUGUUGUGAGCCAAGACUGCGGUGACGAGGCGACAGCAAAUGUUAUUAGAUCCUAUGGAAAUAAGGUUUCAUUCAUUCAACAACCAGACUUGUCAGAAGUGAGAGACGUCCCUGCAAACAUGCGUGGAAUGAUGGGUUACUAUAAAAUAAGCCGCCAUUAUAAGUGGGCUCUUGGUCAAGUGUUUGACAAGAUGGGCCAUGAUACAGUCUUGAUUGUUGAGGACGACCUUGAUAUUGCACCAGACUUUUAUGAAUACUUCAAGGCAACUAAACCCUUGCUGGACAAGGAUCCAAGCUUAUGGUGCAUAUCAGCUUGGAACGAUAAUGGAAAAGAAGGAAUGGUUAAAAGAAAUGACAUUCUUUACAGAACAGACUUUUUCCCUGGACUUGGCUGGAUGAUGAGGAAAUCCCUUUGGAUUGAGCUGCAGCCAAAAUGGCCUCUUGGAUUUUGGGACGAUUGGAUGAGGGAAGCCUCACAACGUAAAGACAGAUCAUGUAUUCGUCCAGAAAUUCCACGAACAAGGACGUUUGGUCCAGUAGGUGUCAGUCGUGGGCAAUUUUUUGAUCAACAUUUGAAAUUUAUCAAGCUAAAUGACCAAAGGCACCCAUUUUCAAAAACUGAUCUCUCUUAUUUAUUGAAAGACAACUAUGAUCAAAGGUUUGUAGUACGUGUGCACUCACUACCACUUGUCACUGCGAAUCAAUUGGUAGAAAAGAAAGUUUUUGCCAAAGAUGUACAAGUUCACUACUCUUCUCAGAAGAACUUUGAACAAGUUGCUAAACAACUUGGUGCAAUGACUGACUACAAGGCAGGAAUACCAAGAAUGGCAUACAAAGGCAUAGUCUCAAUUGUAUUCUCAGGAAUUAAUGUGCACAUUGUUCCAUCAGAUUAAAGUAUCAGAGCUCUGUUACAAGGUACACAGGCAAGCAGUAUUUUGCAAAACACUGUGUGCAUCACUUCAGAUGAUAAACAUAGUGUUCCCUGUACUGGAAAGGAAAGCUCACAAGAAGCAAAUCAGAGCAAGGCAACCAUAAGAAAUUAAUCAGAGCUGAAACCAUACACAGCUCUGAGAUGGGACUCUGUCCCGAAUGACACACUAACCAAACAUUUAGCCUGCUUAACUUUUAUCAAGUGAUAGUAUUUAUUCUCAACAAAGCUCAUCAAAAAAUGGAAAAAAAUUUAACCUUUAAGGAUCUUUCUCCUGCUCAUCAAUGCAGACUUCUUAGAAAUAGGAUUUUGCACAAAAAAUAAUCAAAAUUUUCCAUGGGUAUAGCAGGGCUCGACACUAAUGGUACCCCACUAGCCACAGACUAGUAG